AUGGGUCCUGGGACUGAUGUGUUGCCUCAAUGUACAUCAUUGGAGAAUGGAUACUCGAAGGAAUGUGUGCCUGUGAAUUCUAUGGAAGAUGACGAUGAUGAGGCUGAGGAUUCUGAUAACAUCAACCAAUCAAAAGCUGCUAAGCCUCCAAGAAAUUAUCAGCCUAUGCGACAUUGUAUCAGCCAAGCGAUGUUGGCUGGCACCUCUGAUUCGAAAUCAACAAAUGAAGGUAACAAGUCACCUCAAAACGAGAGAUCUCAAUAUUCACCAAUUUUUCGCUCGGGAAGUUGUUCGGAGAUGGGUCCAAAGCCAUAUAUGGAAGACGAAUAUGUUUGUGUAGAUAAUCUUCGAGAACAUUUAGAUGCACAACCGGAUUAUGCUUUGCAUGGAGCUUUUUAUGGGGUGUUUGAUGGACAUGGUGGAGUUGAUGCUGCAUCAUUUACUAAACGAAACAUUCUUGAGUUCAUUCUAGAGGAUUCCAACUUCCCAAAAGCAGUGAAAAAAGCAGUAAAAAAUGCUUUUUCUAAAGUCGAUCAUGCGUUAGCCGAUACUCGAUCUCUUGAUAAUUCCUCUGGAACUACUGCUUUAACUGCCCUCAUAUUGGGAAGAAACAUGUUAAUUGCAAACGCCGGAGAUUCAAGAGCAGUAUUAGGGAAGCGAGGAAGAGCAAUCGAGCUUUCAACAGACCACAAACCGAGCUGCUCAUCGGAGAAACAGCGAAUCGAGAAACUCGGAGGCGUGAUUUACGACGGGUAUCUCAACGGUCAGCUUUCGGUUGCGCGUGCCCUAGGCGACUGGCAUAUGAAGGGCCCAAAAGGCUCCGACGGACCAUUAAGCGCCGAGCCGGAGCUCGAGGAAGUUACGUUGUCUGAAGAAGAUGAGUUUUUGAUAAUCGGAUGCGAUGGUUUAUGGGACGUGAUGAGUAGUCAAUACGCUGUGACGAUUGUACGGAAGGAGCUUAUGUUACAUAACGAUCCGGAGAAGUGUUCGAGAGAAUUGGUGAAGGAGGCUUCGAAGAGGAAUAGUUGUGAUAAUCUGACGGUGGUGGUGGUUUGUUUCUCCGGUGAUCCACCGCCUAAGAUUGAGGUACCGAAAAUACACCGGCGGAGGAGCAUAUCGGCGGAGGGAUUGGAUGUUUUAAAGGGGGUUUUGGGUGAUGUUUGAAAAGCAAAAAUGGAGUUUUGC